AUGUGCUACUAUGGCAGCUACUGUGGAGGCCUGGGCUAUGGCUAUGGAAGCCUAGGCUAUGGCUAUGGCUGUGGCUAUGGCUGUGGCUAUGGCUGUGGCUGUGGCUAUGGCUCUGGCUAUGGCUGUGGCUGUGGCUAUGGCUGUGGCUAUGGUGGCUAUGGUUAUGGCUGCGGCCGCCCACUGUGCUGUAGAAGAUACUGGUCCUGUGGCUUCUACUGA